AUGGCAGUUACCAUGUCAGAAGAAAUGUUGCAGCAACUCAUGGGAGCGAUAAGCGCACAAUCUAACACAUGGACAGGCUUGGUGACCGGCAGCUUUGCCAGGUGCACGGCCAGGUUCAACGGAACGCAAAUUCCUGAAAAAGUGAAGGAAUUCACAACUACCAUCGUCUUGUACAAAGACUUGGAUGGCACCUCGGACGAGAAUGCGCUAAAGGGGCUACCACUACUUCUCCAGGACACGGCGGCUACGUGGUGGGAAGAAGUGAAGACGGGGGCCAAUACGUUCGACGAGGCAAUCCACUUGAUAAGGACGUUGUUCGCCCCAAGUAAACCCCCGCACAGCGUCUAUAUAGAAUUUUUUGGCACUCGCAGAGAAAAGAAGGUGAGUACCGACCUAUUCGUUUGCCAAAAGAGGGCACUGCUGGCGGAGUUGCCCUACGAUAUCUCGACAGAUAUACAGCUUGACAUGCUCUACGGACUACUGCAUAUGCGGAUCCGUAAACGCAUCCCACGGACGACGGUCAAUACAUUCGAUGAGCUGCUUCAAAGAGCUCGCGACGUGGAAGCUAACCUUUCCGAGGCAGAAAAGGGAGGGAGUAAUCCGGUGGAAAGACGGAAAAUCUGCUCUUUCUGCGGCCACACUGGACACACGGUCACAGAAUGUCGCAAACGCCAAGGGACCAAACAGAGUCCUAAGAAGGAGGAGCCAGAAACUCGCAGCGAAGCGAGUAUUUCCUGUUAUGGGUGCGGCAAGGCAGGGGUUAUCCGCAGCAAGUGCCCGGUCUGCUCUCCUCCAACAACUUCAUAG